CAGCAGGGAUCUCGGAGUGACAGUCAGAGCUUCCACGUCAACACAGCGAGCAGCGGCGGCGAUGGAGUCCUCGUCUCUGGAACCUACGCUGUACACAGUGAAAGCUGUUUUCAUUCUUGACAAUGAUGGCAACAGACUUCUGUCAAAGUAUUAUGACCCUGAGCUCUACCCCUCCAUGAAAGAGCAGAAGAGCUUCGAGAAGAACAUUUUCAACAAGACACACAAACAAGACAAUGAGAUAGCUUUCCUGGAGGGGAUGACCAUUGUCUAUAAAGGCAGUAUAGACCUCUUCUUCUAUGUGGUGGGAAGUGCUCAGGAGAAUGAGCUGAUGCUGAUGUCAGUGCUGAACUGCCUGUUUGACUCCCUCACUCACAUCCUCAGGAAAAAUGUGGAGCGGAGAUGUUUACUUGAUAACAUGGAAGGAGUGUUCCUAGUUGUGGAUGAAAUUAUUGAUGGAGGGGUGAUUCUGGAGAGUGACCCCCAGCAGGUUCUACAGAAGGUCAACUACAGGGCGGAUGAGAACCCAUUAUCUGAACACAGCGUUGCUCAGCACAUAACAGAGAAACUGGCCUUGACCUCUAACGUUCUGCAGUCAGCCAAGGAGCAGAUCAAAUGGUCCAUACUGAAAUGACGUGGACCAGACAAAUUUAGGAUUCAUAAGAAUUGUCCUUGAGAAUGUUUCUUGUCCCAAAGCUAUUUUUGUAGUAACAGAGUUAAAGGGAAGCUCAUCACGAGCCUGUUGGGUAGUAGGCUGCUUUAUAUAUAAAUUAACCAGUGCACUGGCAUUUUGUUACAUUGUGGGUGGUUAAUGUAGUAGGUUUGAGAUCGAUCGUUGUCUAUACACACCUGGAGAGAUGUUAUUUAAUUAAUCCACGCUCUUCACUCUUCUGUUGAAACCGGGCAGCUGUCGAAGACUAAACGAAUCGAACAUACUGGAAGCUUUGUUUAUUGCUUUUGUUUUGGUGGUGCAGGAUCUUCCAGUCUUAAUCAAUCACAUGUUUGCAUGUUGUUGAUGUGCAAACAUUUUCAGAUUACACAUCUCUAGCCCCAAAAUGUUACAUGUCCAAAUGUUCAUGGAACACUUAUGUUACCAGCAUCUACAUAAACGACACAAGGCUGCGUCCUGUGAAUUGUUACUGUUUGUGAGUCAGUAUUUGAUCUAAAGAUUAAAAUUAACAAGGAUAAUCUGGGAAAUAAAAAGUAACACACCACAAUGUUAAAUUAUUCACCCUGACAUGAUUUGUGCACUAAACUGCUCAGUUUAAUAAAGAUGCAGAUGUUCUGA